GCAAACCAGCUGGAAUAGCACGUUCUAUAUGUUGCAGUCUCUCAUGGAGCAGAAGAGGGCUCUGGGAAUAUACGGGUCUGAACACCAGCUUCCCGACAAUCUCACCGCUCACCAGUGGGCGCUUUUGGAAAAGACUGUUUCUGUCCUGGCUCCAUUUGAGGAGUUGACGCGAAAAGUGAGUUCCUCAGAUUCAUUGGCAUCGGAUACCAUUCCUGCUGUGACUGUGCUUCUCAGACUCUUAAACAGAGAAACGGACGAGGAUCAUGGCAUCAAAACAAUGAAGGCCACCUUAGCUGCAGCUGUCAAGAGGCGCUUCAUUGACACAGAGAAAAACCCACUCUACUGCAUCUCUACUCUACUUGAUCCAAGAUACAAAGAUCGUUUUUUCUCAGACAUCAGUGGUGCUGCAGGGGCCAAGGAAAUGCUGAAGCUGGAGCUGCAGAGGAUGUCGAAAAGAGAGGCAGAGGAAGAACAUGGCGAGCCACCUCCCAGGAAGCCUCGCAAGGCACAACCCAGCAGCAGUCUGGACAGUGUGUUUGAAGAAAUAGCAGAUGAGCAAGAGUCAACAUCAGUGUGCUGUGCACCGGUGGGUGCUGCUAUUCAGUUGGAGACCUACCUUGGAGAAACCACAACUGCACGUGAAGAAAAUCCGCUACAGUACUGGGGGGUUAAUAAAGUGCGGUUCCCCGCUUUGGCUCAAGUAUCACAGAGAUACCUCUCAGCACCAUGCAGCAGUGUGGAAAGUGAGAGGCUUUUUAGCUCAGUGUCUCACAUUGUAGAUGAAAACCGGAAUAGGUUAACAGCUGACAAUACAGAAAAGCUACUUUUCAUUAAAAAAAAUCUGCCUCUCACUUUUUAAAAAGUGGCUUAGUCCUCACAGGCAAUAGUUACAGAAAAUGUCAUUUCAGUUGUUCUGCCACAGUUUUAUGUUGGUAUCGUUACAUUUAAGAGCUUCAGUAUGGUUGAGUUGAGUGAAAGGUUUGGCAACGCUGUUUUAAAACCUUGAAUUUUAAAAUGUGCCAGUUUUGUUACACUGAAAGCUAGAUCUUUGUUAUAUAAUGCACACAGUUGUAUUUGGGUAAAAUGUACCAAAAGAAAAUAAAAAAUGUUUCAUUCUUAGAUCUGUAAUGUCACUUAUUAGUAACUUGCCAGUACUCAGCAUUGGCAAGUUAACUUAAUAAAAAAGGAUGUCGUUUACUACAACCUAAUGAAACCUUACACAUUUAUAACGGCAAUAAUGACCAU